CCGUCGAGCCGUGAAGAUGUCCGCCAGCAAGGUUCCCUAUGUGAAGCACAAUAAUGGCACCCAGAUCCAGACCAUCGGACUGGGCACCUACACGUCGCUGGGCGGAGAUUGUGAACGGGCCACGCUUCAUGCCAUCGAUGUGGGAUAUAGACAUAUAGACACCGCCUACUUCUACGAGAAUGAGAACGAGGUGGGCGCGGCGGUGCAGAAGAAGAUUGCCGAGGGCGUCAUCAAGCGGGAGGAUAUCCACAUCACCACCAAGCUGUGGUGCCAUUUCCAUGAGCCUGAGCGAGUGGAAUAUGCCUGCCGCAAGACACUGGCCAACUUUGGUCUGGACUAUGUGGAUCUCUAUCUGAUGCACUGGCCCUACUCCUAUGUCUAUCGUGGUGACAACGAAAUGAUGCCCACCGAUGCCAAGGGAGAGGUGGAACUCAACGACAUUGAUUACCUGGACACCUGGCGUGCCAUGGAGAAGCUGGUGGAGCUGGGCCUCACCAAAAGCAUCGGCGUUUCCAAUUUCAAUUCGGAACAGUUGACGCGCCUGCUGGCCAACUGCAAGAUCAAGCCGAUCCACAAUCAAAUCGAAUGUCAUCCGGCUUUAAAUCAGAAAAAGCUAAUAGCUUUGUGCAAAAAGAAUGACAUUGUGGUGACCGCUUACUGUCCCCUGGGUAGACCCAAUCCAGCGGAGAAGACACCCAACUAUAUCUACGAUGCCAAGGUUCAGGCCAUUGGUGACAAGUACAAGAAAUCCACCGCCCAGGUGGUGCUCCGUUACCUGAUUGAGAUUGGAACUAUUCCACUGCCGAAGUCUUCCAACCCGAAAAGAAUCGAGGAGAACUUCAAGAUCUUUGAUUUUAAAUUGGAUGCUGAAGAUCAUGCUGUUUUGGAUACGUACAACACCGGCGAGCGUUUGAUUCCCAUGACACAUGCCAUCAAGAGCAAGAACUAUCCCUUCAGCAUCGAGUAUUGAUCUGGAAAAGGGGAUAACUAAUGUUAUUUUUUGAUAUUUCAGUGCCUUUAAAUGAUAUUUUGAAACAAUGGAU